AUUAUAGACUAUAUUCUUAUCUCUAUGACACAGAAAUUGGUCUCAACUAUAUUCAUAGAGUUGUUGAAAUUGUAAUAUUAUUAAUAAUUAUGGAAUUACUUUUAGAGGGGAUUUUAUUAGUAUUUUUCAGCAAUGGUAUAUUGCUAUGUACUGCCAGCGUUAACUUUUUUACGGUACAGCCAUCGUUGGCAACUGUAGAAAAGGAAAUUGAAUCAACGGAAAAGUCUAUCAGUGCACCAAUAACGGAAAUAUAUACAACUAGACAACCUAUUGUAAUAUCAGUGACCGGAAAACAAAGCACAGGGCAGGUAAUCAGUACAAACAAUGUCACAACUUUGCUGUCACAAAAUGACACAAGCACUAGGGCGGUUACAAAUACACAUAGUGUGACAACACCGAUCACUCCAGGCGACACAAGCACUACAUCUUCACUAUAUACACACAGUGUAAUAUCAGGAAUGCCGACGGAAACAAGCGCUAAUUCUAGAAAUUGUCCAAGUGGGUUUGUUCAUUGUGCCGACGGAAAUUGUGAACCUUAUGAGUCACUGUGUGGAGAAGGAGGAAUAGUGACGGUAGUAUUUCCAACUGAUGUAACAACAGGUUCCCCCGAGCGUUCUACGGGCCAUUUAUCCAGUGGAUUUUCUAAAGCCGUAACAGACAAUACACUAGCUGCAACAACACCAACCGUACAAGUAACUACAACACCGGUUGUCUUGGCAACAGAUAGCAAUGGACAUGAAAUUUGUCUAGAUGGUUGGGAAUUGUGUAUGGACGGUACAUGUGAACCAUUCCACUGGCUUUGCACUGAACAUGAUGGCUCAGCUAAUUUUACAACAUUACAGGCCACCGAAGCCCCACCAACCAGCCCUGUGGUAACUUUAAGUCCUGCCGUAACUUUAAGUCCUGUGGUUACUUUACAACCAAUAGUAACUGAAGCUGUAUUAGAAACAUCAACAGCACAAAUGGUACAAACAACAACAUCUCAGAUGGUACCGGAGACGACUGUUACUGACAUAGUUCCUCAAAUAGUGACGUCAUCGUCCGGAACAUGUCCGAAUGGAUUUGUCCAGUGUGUAGACGGUACUUGUGAGCCGUUUGAGGCACUUUGUGGAGAUCAAGGUAUUGUAACAGUUACAUUUCAAACCAAUUUACCCACAACUGGAACCUUAUCGCCUGUUUCAGGAAGUGCUGUCACAAGCAAAUCAACAUUAGAAAGUCUAUCUACUUCAACAACUGUCCCUACAAGUACAACUACAUUUGCUGUUGCAACAGAUUCCAGUAAGCAGUUUAUUCUAUUUAAUAUAGCUGAAAUCAAAUGUGUAUAA